AUGUCAUCCUCGGCGAUUGCGCAAGAAUAUUUACAACUAUCUAGUGAGGAUGAAGCAUGGCUGAAUAUAUCCUGUCAGCUCAUGACCAGGUGGAAGGAUGGUAAAACAUUGAAGAUGUUGGAGAUGACCGCCGAGGAGCGCCGGUCAUUAGACAUGGGAUUUCCAUUGUCUGAUGAUGACCAGAUGUCUGACACUUUGGACAUGCAAUUCCCCACACUGUCUGACGACGACCAGUCAUCCAACAUCGCACCCGCACCAGAGUUACAGGAAUAUCAGAUGUUGGACCUGGGAUUUCCUCUGGAGUCAGAAGUGUUAGACAUGGAAUUCCCACUGGAAUCAGACGAUGCACUGGACAUGGAAUUUCCUCUGGAGUCUGACAAUGAUGUAUUUGACAUGGGAUUUCUACCCGAAUCCGGAGAUGAUGGACUCUCCCUUCACCCGGCAAACUCUCUGCAAGUCAGUCAUCCGGCCGGUAACACAGAAGGCAGCCCUCUGGAGAUGGGUUUUGACACAGAUCCGGUAGAUCAUGUUCCGGACAUAGGGAACAGUAUUCAACCGGUAGAGAGCCCCUUGGAGAUGGGUUUUCAAGCGGAUCCGACAUACGAACUCAUCACAUCCUUAGAAGUCCUACGAUUAGGCAACGGGUUACAUCAUAAGCAUCUACAUGCCUCUAUGAUCGAACCAUAA